AUGGGAGUGCAGAAUCUAUGGGUCCUGCUGGAGCCUGUAGGACGCCAGAUUGAAAUUGAAUCUCUAGCGGGUCAAGUACUGGCUGUAGAUGCGAGUAUUUGGCUUACUCAAUUUGUAAAGGCCAUGCGUGAUGAUGAAGGCAAUAUGAUUCGCAAUGCUCAUCUCUUGGGAACUCUUCAUCGUGUAGCCAAGUUGCUUUAUUAUGGGGUCCGUCCUGUCUUUGUAUUUGAUGGACAAACACCAGAGAUUAAGAAAAGAACGACGGCAAGACGUAGGAAACGACAGGAACAACAGACGGAUAAUUUACGUCACACGGCGCAACGAAUUUUACUUAAUAGACUAAAACAACAGACUUAUGAGAUGCAAAAAAAGGGCAGUGUCGUACGAAAAUCAGCUGUUGCACGAGGAAUUACUUUACCAGAAAUUUCAUGCAAAAAAGACAAGAUCAAUGAAAAAAUUGACGCAAAAAAUGAAGUUGAAGAAGAUAAAGGAAGUACUGAAGACAUUGAGCAGGAAAAUACAAUUGGCGAGAAAGAAGGACAAGAGACAGCAGAAGAGCAGGAAGAAAAAGAGGGGACCUUGGAUGACAUUGAUUUGGACACGUCGCGACUUUCAAAGAUUGACCUGCAUGCGGUCUUUUCCCUCCCACCUCAUUUACAGAAAGACAUGAUUCAGAAAAUCUUGCGUGAUCGACGCCAAAAGGUUCGGGACCAGUUCAUUCCACUUGCUGGGAAUCCGGAGAAAUACUCGCACACGCAGAUUUCAUCAUUUUUGCAAACAAGUGCACUUAACCGACGAAUCGAAGCAGUGAAAAGGCAAAAAAGGGAGGAGGAGAUGGCACAUCAGGGCGGCGUUGGGCAAGGCCAUCGAAUUGAUUCCAAUAGCAAUCGCUUUUACAUUUAUCAAAAAGAGACAAACAGCAAAGGCAAAAACGACCAAAGUGAUGAAGAUGUGAUAGCGGAUGUGGAGCGUACUGAUUUGGCAGAACAAGUGUCGUUUACUGGAUCGAUGCAGCCUGACGAUGCUCAAGUUGAUGCCUCUGAGUCAGUGAAGAUGCGGUCAUUUUCUACGUUUUCAUCUGAGGAACCGAAAUUUUCGUCAGAUGCUAAUGCAAAGGAGAUUACAGCGGCGUGGAUCAAGCGGCAUCAGGUUCGAGUCAAGCAGGAACCCAUACUUGCGAUUGAAAGGCUUCGGCUGGAUAAGCUCAAUAAGAAAGGAUAUGUUGCCUCUGUGAAGCCAGCUGGUUCCAACGUCGAUGUCAAGCAGCUACCAGCAAGUGAUGUAAGCGUUUCACUAAAGGUUGACGAUGUUGAGCCUGAAGAAAUGAUGCGUUUUCAGAAGCUGUUCCCAGCAUGUACAACCACACCUGUUUCUACUGUUAAAGCUACAAUCGACGAGGAUGACGAGGAUGACGAUGUUGACUGGGAAGAGGUAGCAGUACCAACCCUAAAACAACCGUCAAAGUAUGUUUUAAGCCCUGAGAGUGGUGAGCAAAAGGCGUCAAAACACGCUGCCACGAUCGAAUCAUUUCCCUCUGCCAAAACAGCUAUACUAGCUGCUGGGAAGGAAAGCGGGAAUGAGAAAGUUAAAAGUGAGAAUAAGCUGGAGCAUGAGGAUACGAACAAAGAGGUCAUAGCUAUUGGUGUUACCCCUGCUGUUGUUACGGAGCAAAUCCCUGCGCAAAAUGAGCUACAAUCGCGAAACGUUGACCUUCAAGAUGAACAAAACGCUGAUCACGAAGUUGAUAACGCGGUAGGCGCUGAAGACUUACUUUUGACGCUGAAAGAUGAGAUGGAGGAUGCUAAGGGGCAUGAAGAUCUUGAUUUACUUAAAGAUGAGGCGCUGCAGUCUGCAAUGGCGACUGCCUCUAAUCUCACGCAAUGGGCUGCUGGUGCUGUGCGACGAGCACUGCAAGCGCAUUCAUUACAGCAUGGUAGAAAAAUCAGAGCUCAAAGAAGUUCUGUUGCAGCACCAAGAGAAGAAAUCAAAGCUGUUUGCAACUUUGGUACAUCUGAGGAUUCAUUUGAGAUUCUAGGAGGAGAAUCCAAGUCUGCCAUACACGAUACGCAGCGUACAGAAGUGAUCGUCACCGGAAAAGAAGAAGACACUACGCGAGUCAGUGCUCGGGACAUUCAUGCAGUUGACGACAACGAGGAGCAGCUACAAGCCGCAUUGGCGGCUUCAAUUGCCAAUGACCACGAGGAGGUAGCAGAUGAAGCUCGUAAUGCUCGUCCCCGCUAUCUUCAGUACUCGCGACGAAGUCAGUCUCCCCAACCUAACGUGCCGAUGGAUAACACAAACGCAGAGACGAGUGCAGCCGCAUUGCAAAAGGAGCAGCUCGAGCUGAAGAAGUUGCGGAGUCGGCAGUUGCGUGACACGGAAGGUAUCACAGACGAUAUGGUGGCAGAAGUAAUGGACCUAUUGCGCUUGUUUGGGGUGCCCUUCCUUGUAAGCCCCAUGGAAGCGGAAGCACAAUGCGCGGCACUGGAACAACUUGGACUUGUGGAUGGCGUUAUCACGGAUGAUAGUGAUAUCUUUCCAUUCGGUGGUCAACGUGUCUACAAAAACAUUUUUCACCAUCAAAAGUUUGUCGAAGCAUUUUCGGCUCGGGACAUUGAACGCGAGCUGGGGUUUUCGCGAGAGCAGAUUAUCGCUUUGGCACUACUCCUUGGAAGUGAUUACACGGAUGGCGUACGGGGUAUUGGUAUAGUGAAUGCCACUGAGAUUGCAGCUUCUUACCCGGGUAUCAAGGGCCUCCGCGAGUUUAAGGAAUGGGUCCAUGAGUUUAAUGUUGCUGAAGAGGCCCAGCGCGUUGCGUCGAGCGGGUCAAAGAAGAAAAAGAAGAAAGUGAGUAAAGGGAAAGCUGACAAAUCGAUUGAAGGGAGUGAUGAAAAUAAUGCUAUAACAGCUCGGGAACGCUUCCAGCGGUCUCACGCAACUGCACGUCGAAAGUGGGAAUUAGGCGAUGAGUUUCCAAGCCAACAAGUGGUCCAGGCGUACAUGGCUCCUCAAGUAGAUCGCUCUGAUGCUCGAUUCUCGUGGAGUGCCCCAGACUUGGAUGCUUUGCGAAACUAUUGUGUUAAUGCUUUCGGGUGGGAUCAGCAGAAAAGUGAUGGCGUUCUACAGCCCCUUGAAGAAAAGGCAAAAGCUGCAACGGCCUCCGGUAGCAGACGUAUCCAGACACGAUUGGAUCGAUUCUUUACGAGCUAUGACGACCAAGUACAUUAUGCUCAAAUUAAGAGCAAACGAUUGCGUUCCGCUGUAAGCCACGGUACCCGUAGCAAGAGUAAGAAGCAGAAAAAGUGA